GGCCCGGGGUCGGGUGUAGAGCUCCGCCGCUGUGGCCGGCGCUCGCGGCAUGGCUCGGCGGCGGCCCGCGCCGCGGCCUCUCUGGAGAUUCGGGACCUCCGAACCUGUUUAGUUUGCCGCAUUCCGGGCCGACACAGCGAAGAGAUCAGACCCUCUCUGGAUGGCCUGGGCGGAGGAAGCUUUGCCGGUUCGCUGCAGCUGCACCAUGCUCCCCAUUCACCUCUGUCUGUCGGCAUAGUGGCCACCUCAUUUCACAGUGGUGGCAGGGAUCAGCUCCGAAUUCUAUCUCUAAAAGCACCUUGGAUCCCAGUCUUUCAAUGGCUACAAGACAACCAGAAGUGCCUGCCCUUGGGCCUAGUGGGCCUUUAGGCAAGAUGUCACUGCCCAUCGGGAUGUGCCGCCGGGCGUUCAGCUAUGACGAUGCCCUAGAAGAGCCCGCGCCCAUGACCCCUCCCCCAUCGGACAUGGGCAGCAUCCCCUGGAAGCCAGUGAUCCCUGAGCGCAAGUACCAGCUCCUCGCCAAGGAAGAGGGAGACGCCAGUGUGUCCCCCCCGGCCGAGGCCACUGAGGGUGCCGACAAGGUCCCGGUGGUGAAGGCUAAGGCCACCCAUGUCAUCAUGAAUUCUCUGAUCACAAAACAGACCCAGGAGAACAUCCAGCGUUUUGAGCAACAGGCAGGGCUGAGAGAUGUGGGCUACACACCACACAAGGGCCUUACCACGGAGGAGACCAAGUACCUCCGAGUGGCAGAGGCGCUCCAUAAACUGAAGCUACAGAGCGGGGACCUAACAAGAGAAGAAAAGCAGCCCGCCUCAGCCCAGUCCACCCCGACCAGCACCCCCCAGUCUUCCCCUAAGCACAAGCCCAGAGGCUGGUUCACCUCUGCAUCCUCCAUAGCCCUGCCUGGCCCGAAUCCUAGCACCAUGGAUCCCGGAAGUGGGGAUAAGGACAGAAACAUGGCGGAUAAGUGGAGUCUCUUUGGACCAAGGCCUCUGCAGAAGUCCGACUCCGGAGGUUUCACCCUCCAGGCCUACAAAGGGGCGCAGAAGCCCACCCCCAUGGAGCUGAUCCGUGCCCAGGCCACCCGAUCAGCCGACGAUCCAGCCACCUGCAAGCCCCCCAAGAUGGACACCCCCGUGACAGAAGGGAAAAAGCCACCGCCACCUCCACGGACCCACACUCUCAAACCCCGAGACUUCAACGUGCUCACGCCCACUGGCUUUUAGCGCACUCCCUCGUCCCUGGAAUUCUGUCCUUUUGGUUGUGACAGAGGAGUGGUAUCUUCUGACCGCACCUGCUCAGCUGCGGCUAGAGCUAGACAUAGGCAGUGAUUUUCUUUCGAGCAAACCAGUAGUUGAGCUUCGGUCGUUCCGUCCCGAUGGCAGCAGUGGUGUUUGGGGCUCUCGCCUGUGCCGUUCUGUAGCCCGAGCCACAGGUUUUUGACCCUCGCUUACUAGGUGAAUUAGCUGUAGCAAGUCCCAAACCCAACUCUUGAGUCUUUAAAUCAACGUGACCAAUGGCGUCCAUGGAGUAUCUGAUUUGUUAGGGCCCCAGGGUCCUGUUUGAGAUCUGGGCAGUGAACAGGACCCCCCACUUUCUAGGCUGGAACUAGAGGUGCCUUCUUGGUUUUUGUUUUCAAUCAACCCUAGUGGAAUCAUGACUCACUGCAGCUAAGUUCUCCCUGUUCCUUUCUCACAAGCAGAAGCCUUUCCUGUACUUUCAAGGGAAACCAGUUGGAUGGCAUUUGGAGAAAAUGGAGUACUGCGUUCGUCUUGCUAAGUGGAUGCCCAUGUUUUCUUUUUCGGGGGGGGGGGGGGCGAGGCUGGAAAUUUGAUCAGGGUCUCGUGCAUGUUCAAACGCUACAUCUAGGGGCUGGAAGUUUUGAGGAGAUGUACCCAUUAAUCUGACCUCAUUUUGAUUUCUUUUUCCAGGCUAGCUAGGGGCUUGGGAACUUUCUUAACAAAAGAAGUUUUUUUUUUUUUUUUUCAGAGGGGGACAAUACAUUUUUCUAAGAGCAUUUUCCAUCAAAACGAGCCCCAAACUUUCUGGAAAACACAUCCUUUAUUUCUCCUUGCUGUGUUCCAUCCUGUUCUACAUGGGCUCAGAUUCUCGCUGUUCUUGUUUUGGGUGGUGUUUUGUUUACAGAAGAGUUCACCUUCUCAGAGAGCAGCCCUGGAGUUUAAAAUUGUCAGAAAAAUUAAUUUAUUUGUGUCUUUGUUACAUCACUCGUACUGACAAUAAAAAUCCUUACUUUCUCAA